UGUGGCACUUAGAAGCAGCCUGGAGCUGGGCACCGGUAUCUCACACCUGUAAUCCUAGCUACUCAGGAGACAGGAGAUCAGGAGAAGCCAGCCCUGGCAAAUAGCUUGGGAGAUCCUAUCUCGAAAAACCUAUCACUAAAAGUGCUGGUGGAGUGGCUCAAGGUGUAGGCCCUGAGUUCAAGCCCUAGUACUGCCUGGAGGUGUGCUCACUCUUGUGGCCAGUUACUCAGUGGGAGUGCAGAUACAGCACAGUAAGCAGGAAUCCCAUCCCUUGUGCCAUCCUGCCACUGCCUCCCCGCCACAUUCCCUCCUGACCCCCAAGUCCCCAUGGUUCCUGGAUCCCAUCCUGAAGAGGUAAUUUAGUGUCCUCUACCCCUGCUUAAAAUGUCACCUACACCACAGUCCCUGCUGUGUCUGUGGGUGCCCACCAGCCUUCCACCUGUGAUGCGGUGAGCAUCCCUGCUCCACAUGGGCUUGUGAGGGGCAGGACUUCUUGCCUAGCCCCUGGCCCAAUGGCAUCCGAGUCAGUUUGGAGGUCCCCUGGCCUGGAGCCCUUUUGCCCUCUUGGAGGGAGGGAGCCAUCAGCCAGGGACUGGGCUAUAAACCCUGCUUCAGCGGUGUCCACACACUCUCCUCCAGGUUAGACUGGAAGAUGGCUCUUCUGUAUCCACUUUGUUUUUUUGAGACAGGGUCUUGCCAUGUAGCUCAUGCUAGCCUUAAACUCCUGAUCCUUCUGCUUCCACCUCUUGAGUGCUGGGAUUACAGGUAUGCACCACCAUGCCCAGCUUCUGAAACCACUUCUUGACCUUCUCAGCCCCUGCUUCAGCUCAGAGCCCCCUCUAGCUCUACUCCUUCUCAGCUCCUUGGGCCGCCCAGGGUGGGCAAGACUCUGAGUAGGUGACACCUCCCUCUGUCCUCCACACCAGGACCUUCUGAGGGAUUCCUGGCAACCCUGUCCUCUAGCCCUAACAAUAUGGGGCAGCCCCAUUGAUCCCCCCAGCUUUAUGUGGAUAUCCAGUUCUUGGUACUUAGAACCAGAAAGCCUAUUUCCAGGGUGGAUCCAAGAGCUGUGAGUAGCAGGCCCAGGUCAGAAAGGCUUCAUGCUAGCUUCUGGGCUUGGUUUACAGUAAAAGGGUUGAGCGGGUAAGGAUGACUUAGCUUCCUCUAGUGCCCUGCCUUCCACUGGACCCCAGCCAUCCCUUCCUUACAGAGGAAGAGGCAGGCCUGGUGGCCCUGGCUCCCUCUGCUCUGCCUGAAAGGGUCUCUGGCUACAUGUAAGCUCAUACCUUUGCCUUCUAUCCACAGCUAGAGCAGCAAGUCUCAAAUAAACACCAGCAAACCCGGCCCACAGGCCACUCUGUGGUCAAUGAACUCCAUGAACCCCAUGAAACCUGCCCUACCCCCCGCCCCACAUGGUGAUGGUUCAUUUGCAUAUGAGUCUGUGCCUUGGCAACAAAGCGCCACUCAGCCAGCCGGGUCACUGUCUGUGGUCACUACUGUGUGGGGAGUUGGCAACGCGACCCAGAGCCAGGUUUUGGGAAACCCAAUGGGCCCUGCAGGAAGCCCCCCUGGUGGCUCCAUGAUGCCUGGUGUGGCAAGUGGCAGCUCUGCCUUGACCUCCCCGCAGUGCCUGGGACAGCAGGCGUUUGCUGAAGGCGGAGCCAGCAAGGGCUAUGUACAGCAGGGCGUGUAUGGCCGCGGGGGCUACCCUGGGGGCCCCAGCUUUACCACUGGGUAUGCAGGUGGCCCUGGGGGCCUGGGCCUCCCCUCACAUGCUGCACGGCCUUCUGCAGACUUCACGCAAGCUGCAGCCGCUGCUGCCAUGGCUGCCGCCGCAGCCACUGCCACUGCCACUGCCACUGCCACUGUGGCUGCCCUACAGGAGAAGCAGAGCCAGGAGCUAAGCCAAUAUGGAGCGAUGGGGACUGGACAGUCUUUUAACAGCCAGUUUCUGCAGCAUGGAGGUCCCCGGGGACCCACCGUCCCUCCUGGCAUGAACCCUACUGGCAUGGGAGGAAUGAUGGGCCCCUCUGGCCUUUCCUCCAUGGCCAUGAACCCAACCCGGGCAGCGGGCAUGACACCCUUGUAUGCAGGGCAGCGCCUACCCCAGCAUGGGUACCCUGGGCCUCCCCAGGCCCAGCCACUGCCCCGACAAGGGGUCAAGAGAGCCUACUCAGAGGUGUACCCAGGGCAGCAGUACCUUCAAGGAGGCCAGUAUGCACCCAGCACUGCCCAGUACGCGCCUGGUCCUGGGCAGCCCCCUGCCCCUUCUCCCUCCUACCCUGGGCAUAGGCUGCCCCUGCAGCAGGGCAUAGGCCAGUCCCUGUCCGCUCCUGGUCCCACAGGACUGCACUACAAGCCCACAGAGCAGUUCAACGGGCAGGGCACCAGCUUCAAUGGGAGCACUGUCAGCUACAGCCAGCCUGGCCUGAGUGGGCCUGCCCGGUCCAUCCCUGGCUACCCCAGCUCCCCACUGCCGGGGAACCCCACACCACCCAUGACGCCUAGCAGCAGUGUCCCCUACAUGUCCCCAAGCCAGGAGGUCAAGUCUCCCUUCCUGACUGACCUCAAGCCAGGCCUCAGCUCCUUGCACCCAUCGCCAUCUGCAAGUGGCCCUUGUGAUGAGCUGCGGCUGACCUUCCCAGUGCGGGAUGGGGUGGUCCUGGAGCCCUUCCGCCUACAGCACAACCUGGCUGUGAGCAACCAUGUCUUCCAGCUCCGAGACUCUGUCUACAAGACCCUGAUGCUGAGGCCUGACCUGGAGCUGCAGUUCAAGUGCUACCACCAUGAAGACCGGCAGAUGAAUACCAACUGGCCGGCCUCUGUGCAGGUCAGCGUCAAUGCCACGCCCCUCACCAUUGAGCGGGGAGACAACAAGACCUCGCACAAGCCCCUCUACCUGAAGCACGUGUGCCAGCCUGGACGCAACACCAUCCAGAUCACCGUGACUGCCUGCUGCUGCUCCCACCUCUUUGUGCUGCAGCUGGUCCACCGUCCAUCCGUCCGCUCCGUGCUGCAGGGCCUCCUCAAAAAACGCCUCCUGCCCGCUGAGCACUGCAUCACCAAGAUAAAGCGGAACUUCAGUAGUGGCACCAUCCCUGGCACCCCUGGGCCCAAUGGAGAGGAUGGGGUGGAGCAGACGGCCAUCAAGGUGGCCCUGAAGUGCCCCAUCACCUUCCGCAGAAUCCAGCUCCCUGCCCGCGGCCAUGACUGUCGCCACAUACAGUGCUUUGACCUGGAGUCCUACCUACAGCUCAACUGUGAACGAGGGACCUGGAGGUGCCCUGUGUGCAACAAGACGGCAUUGCUGGAGGGCCUGGAGGUGGACCAGUACAUGCUGGGCAUCCUGAUCUACAUUCAGAACUCGGACUACGAGGAGAUCACCAUUGACCCCACGUGCAGCUGGAAGCCGGUGCCCGUGAAGCCUGACGUUCACAUCAAGGAGGAGCCCGAUGGGCCGGUGCUGAAGCGCUGUCGCACCGUGAGCCCCGCCCAUGUACUCAUGCCCAGCGUGAUGGAGAUGAUCGCGGCCCUGGGCCCCGGCGCUGCCCCCUUCACACCCCUGCAGCCCCCCACAGCCCCUGCCCCCAGCGACUACCCUGGCCAGGGUUCCAACUUCCUGGGGCCUGGAACCUUCCCAGAGUCUUUCCCACCCACCACGCCCAGCACCCCAAACCUUGCUGAGUUUGCCCCAGGGCCACCCCCAAUCUCCUACCAGUCCGACAUUCCCAGCAGCCUCCUGACGCCAGACAAGUCUGCUCCCUGCCUCCCGGGCCAGAUGGCACCAGCAGGCCACCUGGACCCGGCCCACAAUCCCGGGCCACCAGGGCUGCACACCUCCAAUCUGGGGGCCCCCCCAGGUCCCCAGCUGCACCAUCCAAACCCUUCCCCUGCAUCCCGGCAGCCCUUGGGCCAAGCAAGCACGGGGCCUGUCAGCGAGCUGGCCUUCAAUCCAGUCACAGGCGUGAUGGGGCCUCCCACCAUGUCUGGUGCGGGGGAGGCCUCAGAACCAGCCCUAGAUCUGCUUCCAGAGCUGACCAACCCCGAUGAGCUGCUGUCCUACCUGGGCCCACCGGACCUCCCCACCAAUAACAACGAUGACCUGCUCUCUCUCUUUGAGAACAACUGAUUCCGAGUUGACCCCCGGCCCUGCAGGGGCACACUCAAAGAUGUCACCACGGCCUGCCCUCCUCACCCAGCCCCACAGGAUGCCUGGCAGUCCUCCCUAAACCUCCCCCUGUACAUGCCGAGCCAGGGCCUGCCACUGCCAGCUCCUCGUGGAACUGGAAGCAGUCGCGUGCCGUGUCUGAGGCACCCUCGCCAGUGGCCUCACCAUCCUCCCUCCCCCAAACCCACUGCUACAGAACGGUUUUAGCCGAGGUGCCCUGUUGGCCCUGUCCAGCCAUGUGCACACCCCAUACCCCUGAUCUUGUGGCCUUGCACCUUGUCCUUUCACCCCUGCCUGCUCCCCCCAGCCUGCAUCUGGUCCAUCAUUCGCCCUUCUGUUUCUGCUCGUUUGGGAGAAGAGCCAGGUGUACCACGAGGCUGGCUCUGGCCCCUCAGCCUGCAGCUCCACUGGCCUGUGCCUGGCAGCCCUGGCCCUGGAAGCUCUCCAGGGCCUGGAGUGCCCACCCAGCCCAGCCUGGUGGUGUGGGGUCCCUCCUGCCCUGAGUUCCAGGCAGAGGCUGGGCUCUGGGGAUGUGAAGCACAACACUGUACAUAGUGUAGAAACACUACCAGCCAAGGGGGAGGGCACAAGCUGUGCAACUCGGCCCAGGCUGCCCUCUGCCCUCUGCAGACAGCCCCAGCUCCAGCUCAGAGGGAGGUUCUGGCCCUGCUCGGGUGGGUGCUCAGACUCAGCUCGGUGUGCAAGUUCCCUUGUGGGCUGCUCUCCCAAGUUCCCCUUUUCUGUGAAAGUGAAGACAGUACAGCUGUGUUUUUUAAAACCACCUCUGGCUCCACCCCAGUCCCACACCCAGGUGGGGGUGGAAGCCAUUGUAUCUGCUGGCUCAGGCCAAGCCUGCAGGCAGUGCGCCCAGCCCGCCCGCCCGUUCUGUCUCCUGUCUGUGCGAUCUCCAUUAAAGGACUCCCUGUU